UCUCUGCAAUGACUGAAGCGGGGGCGGUGUCAAUUGAUGUCGUCAGUCUCUCCAAGAGACAAAUAAAGAAACGAAAGAAAGAAGAACAAUGGCGUUUAAAGAAAGAUGAGCUUAGGUCAACCAGGAAAGAAAGAUUACGUGAACGCAAUGCGAAGAGGAAAGCAGAAGGAAAGGCAACAAAAGGAAGCACUCGAAAGCGACUAAAAAGGAUGGAAACAGAUCAGCUUCCUCCAACACAGCGUGUUGCCAUUGACAUGAGGUUUGACCAUCUCAUGAAUGACAAGGACAUUAAGAAUCUUAUACGACAAAUAGAACGUUGUUAUGCUUGUAAUAGACGAAGUAAGAAGCCGUUUCAUAUGUUGUUGACUGGUUUGAGUGGUAAGUCGUUGGAGAGGCUGGAGGAGGGUGUGGAGGGUUACAGAAAUUGGAAGAAUGUGACGUUUGAGAGACGAGGGUAUGGGGAGGUGUUUGAGAAGGAGAGUGUUGUGUAUCUGGCUGCUGAGUCUGAUAAUGUGCUGGCAGAACUUGAUUCUUCAAAGGUCUACGUCAUUGGUGGCUUUGUAGAUCAUAAUCAUCACAAGGGUUUGAGUUUCAGCCAGGCAGUUGCUGCUGGUUUCAGUCAUGCAAGACUACCUAUCAGUGAGCACGUGAAACUGAACUCACGUAAAGUGUUGACAGUCAAUCACGUCUACGAAGCUCUGGCCGCAUUUGCUGAGACUGGAGACUGGCGUGAGUCGUUUCUCUUGACGAUUCCACAUCGGAAAGGAGUGGAGACACACCCUAGUGUACAUACUGAUGGUCAUAGCACAAACACAGAUAUUGACAGUAGAGUGUCUGAUAAGGCAGAGAGUAAUGCGUAGCUGUGACGUCAGUGUUUUAAAUUGUUGUUGAUAUCAAAUAUUAUUUAUAAGUGACAUCAACAAUAUGUUGAUAUUAAAUAGGCAGCACUUAUCAUUUGAUAUCAAAUAUCAAUGAUAAUGUGUUGUCAACAAUAUGUUGAUAUCAAAUAGGCAGCACUAUAUUAUUUGAUAUCAAAUAUCAGCUAUAAUAUGACGUCAACAAUACGUUGAUAUCAAAUAGGCAGCACUUAUCAUUUGAUAUCAAA